AUGUCAACAAAGAAUAAACCAAACAAUAAAGAAAAGCAAGUUGUUGAGAAAAAGAGCAAUGUUUUAAAUGAAAAGAAGAAAGUUACAACUAAAGAAAAACCUACUGAAAGAAAACAAACACAAGAAUUGAAAAAGACAACAACAUCAUCAACAACAGCAGCAUCAGCAUCUACAAAACCUAAAACCACUACUACUACAACAACAAACAAACCAAUUGCCAAAAAAGAAAAGAAUAUAAAUCAAUCAAUCAAAGAAACUAGUAAAGCAACAAAAACAUCUACCAAAACAACUAACAAUACACAAAAAUCAAAUGAAAAGAUAGUAGAAAAUAAGAAAAGAAAGAAACCAGUACAAGAGCAAGUUGAUAGUGACAGCGAUAGUGAUGAAAACAUUUAUAAUAUACAAUAUAGUGAAGAUAGUAACAGUGAAGAUGAAUAUGAAGAUGAUUCUGAGAAUACAAGUGAUGACGAUGAUGAUUCAGAUGAUUUUAACGAAAUUAAUGUAGAAUUUGAUAUUUCAACAGUUCAAGAUAAUGAUUAUCAUUCAAUAAAGAAUAUGAUGACCAAGUUGGUACCAUGGACAUCGGACACCAAGUUUAGUGCAGGUGAAAUUACAGAUUUAAUAUUGGAGCAAUGUAAGCAAUCAAACUUUGGUCGUGCCAUUCGUGUGGAACACAAUGAUGACCCAUAUGGAUUCGCAUCGGUUUUAAAUCACAACAGUUAUAAAUCGAGUGAUGCCAUUCAAGGUUACACAGAAUACCUAGAGCUCAAGUCUAAACAACCAGAAUCACAAUAUAUCGAUGCCAAACAAUUCCCUAAGCACAAGCAAAUGUCGGCUAUACUUGGUGAUCUACUCUCAAACUCCAAAAAGAAUCAAUUAGGUUUGUUCUUUAGCGAACGAUUCCUCAAUAUACCACCUCAACUUGUACAACCGUUACAUCAAUUCUUACAUUGGGAUUUAGAAUUAUUAGUUGAAUCUAAAAUUAAUGAAUUCAAAUUCAAUAACUAUUUAUUCUUGACAACGUUUGGAGUUGUCAGUGGAGAAUCGACAGAUGAAGUAAUCGAUGAGAAAGAAGCAAACAAAUUGAAACAGCAGAGAAAGAUGCCAGAACAACAACCAAAGAAACUUCAAAAAACAAAUCAAAAGGAUGAAUACCUCAGACAAUACGCAUCAGCAUGGAGUACAUUCGACAUUCCCUACGAAUACGGAAACGGUGCCAGAUGGACUUUAGAAUGCAGUAUGAACAGAAAAGGUUUAAUUAUGAUUGUACCACAAUCCAAUAUUCAAUCUUUCUUAAAUACAAUUAAAGAAAAGUUACAAUAA